AUGCACAGAUUGAAAUACCGGAAGUUAGUUGCCGAUGGGGACUCCAGCUUAUAUGCCAAUAUAAUGAUGAAAGUUUCUUAUGGAAUGGAAGUUGAGAAAAUUGAAUGUAAAAAUCACGCAGUAAAAAAUUAUGGGAAGGCUCUGUACAAAUUGCAGAAGGAUACGAAAUUAAAUGUUGAGGGCAGAAAAUUAUUAACCGUAUCUAAAAUAAAAGAAUUGCAAAACAUAUCAAAGCGCAUUAUAUAUGAAAAUGUUAAUAAAACAGUAGAUAUUUUAAAAACAGAAUUGGAAAAUGGCCCAAAUCAUGUUUUUGAAGACCAUUUCAGCUGCUCAGAGAAUUAUUGUACUACUGUUGGAAAUAUAACAAAAAGCUUAAUUCCGACACUAGAGAGUUCAGGUAUUUUCUACCAUAUAAAAGCUUCAUUAGAUCGUCUAAUUAUGAUGGCUGGCAAUUUACGAGCUAAUGAAACUAAUAACAAAGCAGAAAUGUUUAUGUCUUUGCUUUGUAAAUUUAAUGCUGGAAAAAGAUUAAAUCUAACCCAGAGAGGAUCUUUAGAGACUAGAGCUUACAUAGCAGCACUCAGAUACAAUUUGGGAAUUUGCUGGGAGGAAAGUGUCUGGGAAAAUGUGACGCAAAGAUCAGCAGGUGAAUAUUUUAAAAAAUAUUUAAAAAACCUUAAAGACAAUCAUGACUGUCACAAGAAAAGACGAACCGGUUGUAAAAAAAAAUCAAAAACCAACUUAAAAAGAUCCGAAACAGAUUAUGGUAAUUCCGUGCCAACUGCAACAAUUUCUAAUGAAAAUUAUGAGUCUGAGGUAUCACGAAUUUUAAAGAGGAUACAGGUUUCAAUGGAGGACAUUAUUUUAAUAGAAAGUAAAACAGGGGGACAGUGGGAUAAUCCUCAAUACAGAAGUGAAAGACGAAACCGAUUAACUGCAUCUGUAUUUGGGGAAGUUGUGAAGAGGAGGAAAACUACUCCUUGUCAUAACCUAGUAAAAAAAAUCCUUUACGAAACCAAUUUCACGUCAGAAGCCAUGUUAUAUAUAGUAGAGCUAAUGAAAGUGUUGCUUUGCAAUUAUUUUGGAAGAGAAGAGCAUCUGAAAAUAUUAGAACAUGCGGCAUAUUUGUAGACGAAGUGCAUGGGUUUUUGGCAGCCUCUUCCUGAUGGUAAUGUAUAAGAAAUAAUAUACAUAUACGUCAUGUCAUUUUAUUAAUCAUAUUAAUUUUAUUAUUUUUU